GACAACAACACAGGAAGAGUGUGCGCUGAUGUGAAGCUCUUAUAACCGGUCUGAAGGUUUUGGUGGCAUCUUUAUAAUAGUCAACAAAUGGGAUAGAAACAGCAGCUCACCGACUUUGGUUUAUUUGCUUUGACACUAUGAUGUCGCUACCACACUCUUUCGGCUCCGUGUUGUCAAAUGUCAACAUUUUAGCUUUCACAGUGUUCUUCAUAGUGUACUGUUUAGUUCGUUUUUAUCAGAAACGACGACACCUCUCAAAUAUUCCACCAGGUCCGAAGCCGUGGCCUCUUGUGGGUAACUUCGGCGGCUUCCUCAUCCCGUCUUUCAUCCAGAGGAGGUUUGGACAAGAGUCAGCCAGCAGUGACAAAAGCCCGGUGGCUGCUUUAACGGAACUAAACAAGCUUUACGGUAACAUCUACAGCCUGUUUGUAGGGAGUCAGCUGCACGUUGUGCUUAAUGGCUAUGAUGUGAUCAGGGAUGCUUUCUCAAAUCACCCCGAGGUGUUCUCGGACAGACCUGACAUCCCUGCGAUAUCGAUCAUGACCAAACGCAAAGGAAUAGUCUUCGCUCCUUAUGGGCCCGUGUGGAAGAAGCAGCGCAAGUUCUGUCACGCCACACUCCGAAAGUUCGGCCUGGGGAAGUUGAGCUUGGAGCCUUGCAUCGUGCAGGGCCUGGACACCAUCAAAGCUGAGCUGCUGAGACUGAACGAGGAGUCUGAUGGUGCCGGUGUGGACCCGGCCCCGCUGAUCAGCCACGCUGUGUCAAAUGUUAUAUGCUCUCUAAUCCUGGGCCAGCGCUUCCACCACGAAGACCUCGAGUUUCGCGGCAUGCUGGACCUGAUGGAUAGAGGGCUGGAAAUCUGUGUGAACAGCCCGCUCCUCAUCAACGUCUUUCCACUGCUGUACUAUUUGCCUUUUGGGGUCUUUAAAGAGUUACGGCAGGUGGAAGGAGACAUGACAGCGUUUCUUAAGAGGUUUAUUGCGACACACAGAGAAACAUUAGAUCCUAAAAACCCCAGGGAUCUGACAGACAUGUACCUGAUCGAGAUGUUGGCUCAGCAGGCUGCUGGAAACCUGGAUAGCAGUUUCACUGAAGAUUAUCUCUUUUAUAUAAUCGGAGAUCUCUUCAUCGCUGGCACUGACACCACAGCUAACUCCGUUCUGUGGGUUCUACUCUACUUGGUCUUAAACACUGAUAUCCAAGACAGAGUCCAGGCAGAGAUCGACAAAGUGGUGGGCACACGUCGGGUCCCAUCUUUGACCGAUAAGGGAAGUUUACCUUUUACUGAAGCCACCAUCAUGGAGGUGCAGAGAUUGGCUGUAGUGGUUCCUCUCGGGAUUCCUCACAUGGCCUCAGAGACAACAGAGUUUAGAGGCUACAGUAUUCCCAAAGGAACUGUUGUUGUGCCCAACCUGUGGUCUGUCCACAGAGAUCCCACUGUGUGGGACGAUCCAGACACUUUCAACCCAGACCGCUUCUUGGAUGAUGACGGAAAUUUGCUAAGGAGGGAGUACUUUAUACCAUUUGGAAUUGGACGCAGAGUGUGCAUGGGUGAACAGCUGGCAAAGAUGGAGAUGUUCCUGACUGUUACCAGCUUACUGCAGGCCUUCAAAUUCAGACUCCCAGAGGGAACGCCUCAGCCUACACUGCGUGGUCGAUUCGGCCUGACGCUGGCUCCCUGCUCAUACACUGUGUGUGUAAUACCACGUAGCUAAAACAGUGAAAGCCUUGGUUUUAACAGAGAUAUUCUCUGACUUUGUGCUAUGUAAAUCUUUCCAGAAGUGCAAAGAUGUUUUCAAAGGUCUCCUGGAGAGAGUAUUUAGUCUGUGGACAAUAUGCAUUAUUAUUCUAAUGCAUAUUGUGGCUGCACAUUAUAUUUCAUUUUUAAUAUUGUUUUUUUUUUCUUGGUUUAUUUGGCAGGGACAGAUGCAGUAUACAUGGAGAACUGAAUAACAAUUUUACAAUGCACUGCACCACAGCAUUUAUAGCUAAGGCUCAUUUCCAAUGCCUGUCCCUGAAAAGGCCUUCAAUAUAAAAUACAUAACAUGAUAAAAAAUAUAUGUAGAACAUGCUUACUGAUCUACACACCCACAUAGAUGUAAAGUUAAUUCAUAUAUACACAUACCUUCCAACCCCCACCCCUCCCACUAACACAAUACCUACACUCAAUUUCAUUUUAAAAUGUUGGCAACUCAGAUGGUUUGUUUUAAGGUUGGUAUCAAUUAAUUUAUGAAUAUUGAAGCAAUCCUUCAGUCCAAAACAUUUCAAAAUAUGUAUCAGAGAUGGCUGCAAUCCGAAGCAGUAGCUUAUCGUGGGUAUUAAAUGUGUGAUGCGUUUAAGAAACUCAUACCAGCAGACGUUUAUUUGAAUAAUAACUUGAUAAUCAAGUGAUGAUUAGUUUAGUCAUGUACACAUUUCUGUUGAUAAUUAAUGUUUAUGAGCCACUUAAAAUAAAGGUCAGUAUUAAAUGCCAGAAGGGAUUUUCAUGUAGUGUUAUAUAAAUAUGUAUUAUAGUUUGUAACUCCCCCCACACAUUAUCUGAUUAUGACAUGUCUAAUAUCAGGGCAUUAUGUGAAGACACAUUUCGGUUUUUCGGCCCAAGAGUGUAAAUAUAUAUAUUUCCUUACAGACUUACAGACAUGGGUGAUUUUCUGACAGCAUUUCAAUAAAAACGUUAUUCUAAUAAUAAA